AAGGAGUCUAUCGCAUUCCCCUAAUGAGCACGAAUAUUUAAAAAUCCAUGCUCUGCUACUGUUACUGGAAAAAUAUCCAAUAUCCAAUUUUCAUAUUAUCAACGCUGACCCUUGAUACUAUUCAAAAUGAAGACCGCUAUUUUUGGUCCAGUCAUUGCCUCUUUAAUUUCUCUCACCAAUGCAUAUAACCUCACACUUUAUACCGAUACUGCUUGUUCAGAGGGUGGCACAGAUUUCAGCCACGCCGACUUCCAAGGCGACCAAGGAACCGUUGGUCAAUGUAUGGACAUUGGCUUCACAGCCCAUAGUAUCUACUUCACCCAAGACUCUGAUACUGAACAGCAAUUUAGUGGAUGGGCUGGCGCUGAGAAUUGUGUGGCUAGCGAAGAGGGUCAGAAUGAGGCUGAUGUAACCAUUUAUACUGGUCAGCCGGAAGACGAAUCCUGUACGGAUAUCGAUAAUGGGAUUUAUGACCAGGGACGAGGGAUCCAGGGAUUCCUUGUUGGUGUCGUCGGCUAGAUUGGCGGAUCAACUGGUAUCAUCUGAACGAUUGUGAUGUAUUACUUGAGAGAAUAGUAUUACUUGAGAGGACAGUAUUACAUCUAUGUAGUAAAAUGUGACAGUCUAAUUCAUAUU